GGACAGCUGCUCCUCAACUGGCAGGGCGGUGUGGUGCUCAACUGUGGAGGAGCUACAGGUGGAGAUGCUCAGGAGAAGCCUCCCCCAAGUCCUCUGCCUCGGGCUGAUUCUGGUCCUUGCUGCCAAUCUCCUCCUGGUGUUUCACACCAAAGAGACUGUGCAGAACUUGAUUCGGGAUGGUCUUCACAAGGAGACCCAUCGGCCUCCAUCUGAGAGGGACGAGACUAUGAUGAACAGGCUGUCCCACCUGGAGGUGGCUGUGCAGCAGCUGAAAGAAAAUAUGAAAUUGGCUAUGAAGCAACAAGCAAAUGUGGGAGACACACUAAUGAGGGUGGAAGAUGAAAUUCACCUUGCCCCAAAGGCAGUGCAAGGCAACGUGGUCAAGACAAACAAGCCCCAACCGCCAAAGAAACUCUUCUCAACCUCUGCGCUAUUCCGGCAGUGGGGUGAGGGUCUUGCUGAGGCUGAGCAGAGAAAGGCUCAGGACCUGUUCCAAAGAUUUGGCUACAAUGUGUACCUCAGCAACCAGCUGCCCCUCAACCGCAGCAUCCCUGACACGCGGGAUUCAAGGUGUCUUCAGAAGACAUACCCUGCGCAGCUCCCAUCUCUCAGUGUGAUCCUCAUAUUCGUGGACGAAGCUCUGUCCGUUAUACAGCGGGCCAUCACCAGCGUCAUUAACCGGACUCCUCCACAGGUGUUGAAGGAAAUUAUUUUGGUGGAUGAUUUUAGCUCAAAUGGAGAACUAAAGGUACCCUUGGAUGAAAAGAUCGAGUUUUACAAUAAGAUGUAUCCUGGACUACUGAAAAUAAUACGGCAUGCUAAGAGAAAAGGCCUUGCUCAUGCACGAAACACAGGCUGGGAAGCCGCCAGGGCCGAUGUGGUCGUCAUCUUGGAUGCUCAUGUGGAAGUAAACGUUGGCUGGGCAGAGCCCAUCUUGGCCCGGAUUCAAGAAGACCGCACUGUGAUUAUAUCUCCUGUGUUUGACAACAUUUGUUUUGAUACCUUCAAACUGUUGAAGUAUGAACUGGCAGUGGAUGGGUUUAACUGGGAACUGUGGUGCCGCUAUGACCCAGUGCCACAAACCUGGAUUGCUCUGGAUGAUGUCACUGCCCCAGUGAGGAGCCCCUCCAUCAUGGGCAUCUUGGCUGCCAAUAGGCUCUUCCUGGGAGAGAUUGGAGCCCUGGAUGAUGGGAUGCUGGUCUAUGGAGGAGAGAACGUGGAGCUUAGCUUGAGGGUAUGGCAGUGUGGAGGGAAGAUCGAGGUCUUACCCUGCUCCCGAGUAGGUCAUCUGGAGCGACACCACAAGCCCUACGCCUUGGAUCUAAGUCUUUCCUUAAAGCGCAAUGCCUUGCGUGUGGCCGAGACCUGGAUGGAUGAGUAUAAAUACAUGGUCUACCUGGCCUGGAACUUACCACUUCAGAACUCUGGGAUUGAUUAUGGAGACAUCUCUUCCAAAAGGGUACUCCGGGAGAACCUGAAAUGUAAAACGUUUGACUGGUACCUGAAAAAUGUUUAUCCAGCGCUGAAGCCUAUCCUUAAUAUUGUGGGCUAUGGAAGAAUGAAAAAUUCCUUGGAUAAAGGUGUCUGCCUGGAUCGCGGACCUGUUCCGGGCAAUACCCCCAUCAUGUAUGCAUGCCAUGAGUUCAGUUCACAGAAUGUCUACUACCUCCUGACUGGGGAGUUCUAUGUAGGACCACUGGUUGCAGAGGUUCUCAGGGAUGACCUUUGCCUGACCGACCCAGGGCACAGGGAGAAGCCUACUUUGGAGAAGUGUUCUAACGCAGCCCAGAAUAAACUGCACAUAUAUUGGGAUUUUAAGCAGGGAGGCGCUGUCAUCAACAGGGACACACAGAGGUGCCUGGAGAUUAGGAGGGAGCCCUCUGGUGCCUACGGGCUUGUGCUGCAGACCUGCAUGGCGCAAGUGUGGGAAAUACAGUACACCUUUGGAGCCUGGGGCCAGACCAAUGCACUGUGAGCUUGGUGCAAUCUGGGUGUGGGACACUGGUUUUUGCAGCUGGAAUGGCUCCUACCCCAGCACUUCUCCAAGUGGAGAGGGUGUAGGGUGGAAGGUGAGUGUAUGUGUUCACUGUCAUGUUCAGCAGGCCAUGCAGUGGACAGGAAGCCCAGCAUGUGUCAAGCCGUCUGUUCUGCCGUGGUAAGGAGCUUCCCCUGAUGCAUCUUCCUCACUUCCUUUGAAAGAUCACGAUAUGUAUCAAUGUCAUUCUUAGAAAGUCCUUGAAAUAUUCAGCAUCAUCUGCCAGUUCUGUGCGAAAGCAUGAAGAUGGAAGUUUAUCUUUGAUUUCUGCCAACUCUGUAUAGCCUUCUUUCAUGACAGCUACUGUGGUCACCUCUCCCAAACCUCCUUCCUGGCUCCUGCUUGGAGAUGCCCCAGACUGCAAGGCUGCUCUUCAUGACAGGAAGCAUGCUCCUCAUGCCUGCAGCAGUGUAGCUCCUCAGGGCCACCAACUCCUCCUCCUUUUGGACUGUUCAGAGAAAACAGCAAAAGACAAGUAGCUCUAACAGGUUCCUCCUUCCAUGCCCCACAGCAGUUCUGUUUUGAUGAUCAAUUUCUCCCAUACCAGAUAUGCUGAAGAGGAGAGGUAGUACCUCAUUUAAUCUCAGCUUUGCAAGAAUGGUGCAAUGAAUGGCAGAAAAAUCUAGGUCUUUCUGACUUCCUCUAAGUAGGCUGUAACAGUUAAUGACUUGAUUUCAUCUAUUUCCCCCUACUAUCCAUGAACAUUAUGGGCAAAAUGUGAGCCAUCUCUUACCAAGGUACAAAAGAAGGGCUCCAGAUGAAAAUUAAUCUCAUGGCUGUUCAUAAUUAAUCUCAGGAAUCUCAUGGCUAUUUACUUGAUAAACCCUCCUCUGUCCCCAGUUGGUCAGUUAAGAAAUGUUCAGAGCUGCCAAUAUUUGGUGCUGUUUUGGAGGCUGGCAGAGGGGGCUCCUUGGUGCAGAGGGGGCUCCACGGUGCAGAGAGGGAAGGGUCCCUCCUCCAGAGAGCUA